CCAUGACAGAUACGACCGUUAACGCCAAUUCAUUUCACAAGCUUCGAGCUGGAUGGUAGGCCACUGAGCUAUACAGUGGAUACCACAAACACUAAACAAUACAGUUAAUAAUAACAGAGACACUCGCAGAACCAUGCCUCCAAAAGGGAAACCCAAUGGAUUUUAUAUGUUUAUGCUCUCAGAGCAGAAUAAAAUAAAACAAAAAACCAAAAUAGCCCCCAGUAUGAAAGACAUGCCGAAGUUAUGCAUUGAUGCAUGGACGGUUUUGCCAACGGAAGAGAAGCGUAAAUAUGAAGCUCUUGCAAAAGGACAAAAAUCAAUAGUAAAGCUGGAUAAUCAGCGCCAAAUAAUUUCUGAUAGGCAAGAUCCGGCAAAAAUUGAGGCUACCAGAAGAGCAGAGGAAUCCAACCAAAUGCUGAUGAGCUGGCAAAACCGAGAUGUGCGGCUGGUACCUUUCCACUUGAUAAAUUUUCAAGUAAUGUACGAUGAAAGAACACCUGAGGAUGAGCAUUUGCCAGUUGAAAUAGGUCUAGUAUCUUUUACAUUAAAAAAUGGAAUACAAAAAGAACUGCACAGGUUCAUCGACCCUGGUGAUGUUCCUGAAGGCAAUAGAAGAAUAGCUACUGAAUACAGUGAACAGUUUCACAGAAUUCCUAUUGGCUACUCAAAAGGAGAAUCAAACUUUUGGAAACUCUGGAGGGAGAUGGAGGACUUCCUACAAAUUGAAAAAAGUGAUGACUUAGCUCCUCUGUUCUGCUUAGGUACACAUCGAGAAGUAAUAGAGAACUGCUUGGAGUUUGUUCACGCUAGGAGUGGUGAACUCAACAGGAUCUAUAAGCUGUACUGCAUAGAAGAUCUAAUCAUGUGCUUGAUGUCAAAGAAAACCAGCACAAAGCCAUCAGAGUCUCAGAUAUUAGAUACUCUCCAGAUGAAUAGGUGGGACUACACCAGCAGCAUUAGAUGUGCUUUUCAUGAAGAGGUUGAUAGCAGCUUCUGUGCUAUCUCCAUUGUCAAGAGAUACAGUUUUGUUAUUUUUGAUCUCUUGUCGAACCUAUUAGAGUUUAGUUUAACACAAAACCACAUGCCAGAUGAAAGGAAGGCCAACUUCACUGUUGUGUCAUCUUUUGGAAAAUCCAGAGAAUUUGACAAACCCAGAAGGAAACUUUCACCUCCUCCAACUUAUGCAGAGCUAGCAUCCCAGAAGUCUAGUCUGACCAGUGUCAAAUCAUGGGACGCAGAACCUAAAGAUUAUAAAGAAGAGAGUGAUGAAGAAGAGGAUAACGGGAGUAAAACAAGGGAAGUGUUUCUCAAGGAGUUAAGAAAACCAAAAACACCAUCAUUGAUACAAGUUGCACAACAAGACACAGCAGCAUCGGGGCUUAUGAAAUCCCUUGGUAGAGGUGCAACAGUGGCUUGUUAUGAAGACAUUAGAUGUCAGAUUCCGAGUGGAGCGGCACCCCCUGGCUUAACUAGGGCCCCCCCAGGCUUAGAUAUGGCUCCCCCACCAGGCUUACCUAAGGCACCAGUAGGCAGAGCUGCAGUACAAGCAGGUUGUGCCAUAGCACCACCACCUGGAUUUGAUUUUAAGAAGAGUUACAGAGAUUCAAAUAAUGAACCCCAAAGCCAAGCUACUAGACAGAUGCCAGAGUUGAUGGGGAGGGGACGAGGCACUCGCCCAGUUGCUCCAGUAGAAGCCUACCGUGGUCGAGGACGGGGAAUCCCACCCCAGGUCCGCCCUUCCCAGAUUGGCAACAGCAAUAUGUGGGAAUAAAGCAAUACACAAUGACUUGUAUGUGAUAUUCAUUUCUGGUGUACUGACUACAUAUACAGGAACAGGUUUGCACACAGUCAAGAGCCCUUUAAAACAAAGGUUUUAUCAAAUGUUUUCUAAUUAUUUUAUUUUAUUGAAACUUUAAUACUACUUUGUUGUUAGAUAGGUUUAUACAAUCAAAAUGUUUUUUAAAAAAAUGUAAAGCACUAUGAAACAUUAAAAAACCUAUAAAUCUGAAAAGAUAAGCACUACGUUGGCCAAACUUUCAAUGGCAGUGUUAUGUUUCUGGAGGUUUUUGUAUGGUUUGGUGGCAAGAAGCCAUAAUCUGGCAUUUUGGAGGGUUUUAUUUUUAUAAAUGUACUCAUGUAGAAGCUGAAUAUUAUGUAAUACAUCUGUGUUUUUCAUUGAAGUUGUAUUAUUAAAUGUAUGAACUAAAAAGUAAUCUUUUCAACUAUCAGUAUGAGAUUUACAAAACAAUUUGGCGGGUUUGAAAAAAAAAACCCUGAAAAUUGUGCUGCAACAGUACUGACAAUGUAGCCAACUGAACUUGUGAUUUGUGGUGGAGAAGUUCUCCCACUCUGCGACUGCCACGGUGGUCAGAUGUUCCAUUAGAUGGAUAGUACCAACCCGAGGUACUGGGUAUUUUUUUCUUCGACCUCCCAGUGUAAGGGAUACAAGACUGGUGAGUUUUCUGUAUUCACUAUUUCAGCUUUAAAUGUGGCUAAAUGUGGCCUAUGUUUAAAAUAAUGUUAUUCUUUAAAUUUUGUUUUGUUAAUGAUUGUUUAUUUUAGCUGAAAAUACAAUAAACAUGAAUGGUUUUGUUAUUUGAUUCUUUUGUUUUAAGUUUAAUACGAUUAAAGAUUUCUGUCUUUCCGAAAUUUUGUUUUUAACUCAAUAAAAUCAAAUGUUUACUUAAAGUUUGACCAUCUUAAGUAAUAAUUUCUAAAUAAUUAAAGAAAAACAGUUAUUAAAUGUU